UUUCAGAUCAUAGCAUGAAAUGUUCAGUGACAUUAUGAGGUUUGGUAAAAAGAAGCAGAGCAAUGCCUCUAUUAAAAUGGAAAUUAUUGAGAUCCACGAGGAUAUCUGCUGUCUCACUAUUGAUGAGUGCCUAACUUUUGCUCAAGAAGAGCACCAGAUAAUGCAGUUUGUUGGAGCUAAUCAAAGAUCUCAGCGUAAACUUCUGCGUUAUGACUUAGAAACACACCAAUUGGCAGUGAAAGGUGUAGGCCACAGCUCCAAAAUAGAUCUCAUCAAAUGUGAAGACAUAAAAGAGGUACGCUAUGCUGCAGAGUGUUUCCAGCUACAAAAACAGUACGAAGAUAUUGAGGUGGAUCUUUGUGUCGCUAUUAAGUAUAAAAACGGGGACAACUUUCUUUGGAGCUCCUUCAGAUUUGAAGCGUUUGACCCGGACUCAGCCCAGAAAUGGGUGCACACUUUACGAACUCUACAGAAAGCUGCUCUACACAAACAGAGUGUCCGGCGGUACAAGUCUCUAUUUGUACACCGCUUCCCUUAUCAGCUGGAGUCUAUUGGUGGCUCCAAAGCGAUCAGUCCAAAGGAUUUGAAGGUGUUUCUCUGUGAUCACAUGAACUACAAAUUAGAAAUUGAUGAGCUCAGUAAAAUUAUGAAGGAGGAAGGGCUAGAAGAAGAAGAUUGCAACAUUGAACUACCUAACCUGGUGAACAUCUUCAACAAACUAACAUAUGAAGACAAGAUAAUUGACAAUCUCUAUCGCCUUCAAGAAGGCACGUCUGAUGAACCAAUCUUCAAAAACAGGGAAGGAGUGAUAACCAUCACAGAAUUAGAGGAUUUCUUAGUUUCCGAACAAAAGUCAGAGGUCCCAGCGUCGGUUAUCAUGAACAGAUACGGCAACGAGGGAGUCAUAACUAAAAACCAGUUCCUGGACUACCUUUACUCUGACGAGAACUCUGUCUUUAUGCGGAGUGAAACUGUUGACGAACUGAUGGACUCACCGCUCAGCCACUAUUGGAUAGCUUCCUCUCACAACACGUACCUGAUCGGUAAUCAGUUGACGAGUAGAAGUGACGUUGAAGCGUACGUACAGGCCCUCCUAUCAGGAUGCAAAUGUUUGGAGCUGGAUGUUUGGAAGAGAGAUGGAACCAUUAAGAUACUGCACGGUCACAUGCUGACGACGAUGAUUAACGCGGAGGAUGUUCUGGCGGCUAUUGAUAUGUACGCCUUCAAGGUGUCCCCGUAUCCUCUAAUUUUAUCCAUUGAGAAUCAUCUUGACACAGAGAUGCAGGAAAAGUUUGCGAAGAUGAUUAAAGAAAAGCUGGGAGAUAAGUUGUUAUCAGUUCCCUUGCCAGAUUCCGGCCAGCUACCCUCCCCAAACAUACUUAAAAAUAAGAUCCUUAUUAAAGACAAGAAAUUUAGCAGAGAAAACGUGGAUUACCUGAAGUCAGAUAUCGUGAAACGAGGUGAAGUUUACAUCGAAAGUACUUUACACGCAAAUGACUGGAGUAAAAGAGCAGUGUUGAUGACCCCCGAUUUUAUCUACUACUCCCACACGGAGGGAACAGAUGAGGAGAGUGAGGUUGUCAGAGAGAGAAGUGAAGUGCUGACGUCACGUGCUCCCACCGCGCAGAAACUAUCUGAGCUUCACCUCGCUGAGCCGUGGUACUGGGGCGGAGUUGACGGUACAGCUGGUAAUUUCUACGUUAGUGAGUACGUGAAGAGAAUGAUAAACCAGCUGGGACGUGACGUACAGCUAGUCGGCGACUUCGCCAUCAGACCCCGGACUCAGUCUACUGGAGAAUACGUCCUUCUCUUCCUUGAUGCUCAGAAUACUCCGAAGAAGAUCAAGAUUCACUCACGAUAUGAGAAAGGAUUUCCUCGUUACUUUAUAGAGGAGUACUCAAAUGCCCCAGUAUUCGAAUCUCUGUACACUCUCGUCCGGCAUUAUCAGAGAGUUCCUUUCUCUGUUGAGAAAAGCCCUCUAAUAUUGAAGAGACCUAUUGAGGAACCUAGAAACUUUGCGAAAGAAACUUGGUUUCACUACGGUGCUACGUUUGAAGACUCAGAGAGGAGGCUCAGAUAUCAGAAAGUUAACGGAGCAUUCCUUGUGAGGGAGCAGCCGGACAACAAGUUCAGACUGGUCUUUAGAAGUGCUGGAGCUGUGAGAUCCUGUAAAAUAGGGCAGGACGGGAGACUCUGGGUCAUUGGCAAGUCUCAGUUUGAGGGAUUGACUCAGCUGAUAGAGUAUUAUAAGAAGAGACCUCUCUACAUCACCAAGAACAACCAGGAGAUAAAGCUGACCAAACCCGUUGAGAUGAUCCCUUUGAAUGAGGCUUCUUCACCCUCACAAUACGAACUUAUAAACAAAGCGUACGUGACAGAGGAGGAGAUAAGAGAGCGUCCUGAUGAGGUGUACGAGGCGGAGGAGGAUUACAGAGGACGAGGAGACAACGAGCUUACCUUCCUAAGGGGGAGCAUCAUUAGGAAUGUGGAGCAGGACCCUGAUUACGUGGGCUGGUGCUUUGGAGACUACGGGCCGAGAAGGGGGAAGAGGUUCCCAAAAAAGGUGGUCAAGUUGUAUGAGUGGGAGGAGGAGGAGAAUACCGACAAUCCACUAGGUAACAUGUGCGACGGAAUGAUAAACUUGAAGAGAUCAGUAACCCGAUUUCACACUGUAUCCGACAACAACUUCAUCCCUCACUACAUCUCUAUCAAAUGCGAGGGCAGGGAAGAGUACAGGAUGGGCUUCAAACAGUACGAAGAUAUGGAAAAAUGGCACGAAGCUAUCACAAACGUCCGGAAGAAUAAACCGAACAACAAGAAGCCAGCCAAAGUUAAACAAGCACCCACCUAUUCAGCUCUCGUGAUUUAUGUCAUGGCAGUACCGGCACCCUCCGAGUUUACCUCUGAGUACAUAUCAGCUCUAAACUAUCGGGAAAUGUCUUCAUUCGCUGAAAACAAAUUAGAGGGAUAUGUUCAAAAAGCAUCCGCUGCCAACCUCCUCUCCUUUACUAGCACGUGCAUGGCGCGCGUGUAUCCCAAGAUGUGGCGAACUAACUCCUCCAACUACGAUCCCUUGUUAGCUUGGAAUUACGGAAUCCAGCUGGUGGCCCUCAAUUAUCAGACCCCAGACAAGGCCAUGCAGCUGAACUGGGGCAAGUUUCACAACAGUAACGGUGGCUGUGGUUAUGUCAAGAAACCUUACGAGAUGGUAACCAACAAGUUUGAUCCAAGACAGGACUCCUUUUCAAACUCAGUGGCAUUGUUCAUCAAAGUGUUGGGUGGAAGAAUGUGUUUUAGCGAGGCAGGUAACUCCCCCAAAGUUAGGAUAUCAUUGGAGGGGCUGGACUGUGAUAUUACCUCUAAUGAAACUCUUCCUGCUAAGUCAAGUACCUGUCCCUUCUGGGGGGAUGGCAAGGUUAUCAGCUUGCUUUGUCUGAACCCCGAUAUGGCCAUGAUCAGGUUUGAGGUGACGGAUUGUAACGAUUUUGGGGACGAGAAGUUUAUUGGACACUGCACGUUUCCAGUGAAGCAGUUGAGGUCAGGAUGGAGAUCGGUGAUCCUGUAUGAUGGGCACGGAAACGAGAAACACAUGGCAAAACUGGUGGUUCAUGUUGAGAAGGAGGUGCUAAAGAGCACGGAUCCCGAGAGAGAGAAGAAGAGGAUAAGAGGAGAGAUACAGCAACUCAAUGAGUUCUUCAGUGACAGGGAGGAUGUCACCGCAGAAGAUAUUAGUAGACUCAAGCACAUUGAAGAUAAAUAUUUCGAGAUGGUGUUUCAGAGGAAUCGAUCUGAUUUAGAUGCGAAAAGCAUUGUUGAUUUGGAAAGUUUGAUUAGGGAAUUUUAUCUGUUACGUAGAUAGAUGUGACACCAAGAUAAAGCAAAGCAUCUUAAAUUACCCCUAGAGAGGUUAGGAUCACUCGGGGACAUAACUGAGGAAGUGAGUCACACUCGGACAUUAUCUCGCGGUAAAACGUAUGUCCGGCUGACCAGCACGAGAAAACCAAAAGCUCCGCUAAGAGAAAUCACUCUGAAUAGGGAAUGAGGAGAAUACUGAUCCUUCAAGGAAUUUAGGAGGGGGAGGUAUGAUUGUCAAUCAUGUUAUUAAUUUGUCCUUCAUUUCACGUUUGUUUAAGACGCACAUCCGUAGUAAUGACUGGUGUGCUGGGUCACACAACUCAUGCGGCAAGUCUUAAAAUUGAUUUUUUAAAGAUUUUCGAUUGAAAAUGUUGUGUUUUUCGUUGAAUUUUAAUUUUGAUACCUGUUUUGAUACCUGUUUUUUCUUUCUUUUGACUACCAGCGGUACUUAUGUUGUUGAGAAUAUUGUUUGAUGUUUUACGAGUGGGCCCAAUAUUGACUAAUGAGCUUGAAAGUAAAACUAAAAAGUACUUAAUCAUGAUCAUUUUGAAAACACGCUGACAUAGCUCACCUGUGACUUAAAUUGUGAUUUAAAUUUGACUGAUUUAAUUGAUUGCUAUUUCAAAUUGUUUAAAGUAUUUGAUUUAUUGUGAUUUGAAACAUUUAUUUUAGAUGUAAAAUAAAAGAUUGCUAAUAUUCAGUGUUUGGGAACCUUAUCUAUUUACUGGCCCUCUUUCCUGCUACACAGUCUGUUUCUUUAAUUCAGAUAAUAUAAUUCGAAAAGCCAAAUAUUUCACAGAAAGGAAUGGUGAAACCAAG